UUGGAAGGGAAAAAAAAAAGCACGGCUUCCAAAAACUUAAAUACGCGUUUACUCAAAACCUGCUAGGGUUUGUGGCGGUCUCGCUUUCUUACUUUUUCUCUCUUUCCUCUUACAAGUUUCCGCCGCUGGUGUAGCCAUGGCCGCUGUCGUUUCUUCUGAGAAAACUGCAGAUUUGCUGCACAACUUGUCGCUUGACCCCGAAACCAAGUCUGAAACUCCAGAUGCCGCCGUCACCGGAAGUAAGGGGUUUUAUGGUGGAAACGGUAAUGGAUUUUUGCUUCCUUCCGAACAAGUUUCUAUGUCAGCUGACACCACCAAAGGUGGGAAACCUAGUCUUUUGCCAAAUAGUGGAGGUGUCACCGCAAAUAAGGGAUCUAACCUGAAAAAACUAGGUUACCAGAACUCAUCUUUUAACCCAAAGGGUUCGUUUGCAAAGGGUGCCUACCCGGCAGGUUUCUAUUCUCCAAUGUAUCAGUACCCUAGAUACAAUUAUGAUGGGAGCUUCUCUUCUGGGAAGACCAACAUCCUUCAACAAUACCCAUACCUAAACACUCAUCAGGCUAGAUCAACGGGUAUGGGUCAAUCAUAUUCAUACAUGGACAACAUGUACUCAAAUCCCGGGAUGUAUGGAGCUUACCUGAAUGGGCUAGGGGCUGGCUACGGUUAUAGCACUUAUGGCUAUGACACCUGGAAACAGCCGAAUUGGUACGCAGUUAACAACGGCUACAAGACACGGGGUUAUGGAUUCCAAGGGUAUAGCAAAGAGAACAUUGAUGGAUUAAACGAGUUGAACAGGGGGCCACGAGCCAGGGGUUUCAAGAACCAGGAAGGUUCUCAGUUGACAGCUAUUGUUCCUAAGGAGCAGAGUGCAGCAGCAGGAACUGAGAAGCCUAAAGAAGAUGUGUCUGUACCCGAUAUGAAGGAUUACAAUAAGGAAGAUUUUCCUGAAACCUACUUGCAUGCAAAGUUUUACGUGAUCAAAUCUUACAGCGAAGACGAUGUUCAUAAAAGCAUCAAAUAUAGUGUAUGGUCCAGCACACCUAAUGGCAAUAAGAAGCUGGAUGCGGCAUAUAACGAGGCAAAAGAGAAGUCAGAUGCAUGCCCUGUAUUUCUACUUUUCUCUGUAAACACGAGCGGACAAUUUGUUGGCUUAGCUGAGAUGGUAGGCCCAGUUGAUUUUAACAAGACUGUGGAAUACUGGCAACAGGACAAGUGGAUAGGUUGCUUUCCUGUUAAGUGGCAUAUCGUUAAAGAUAUACCCAACAGCUCGUUGAGGCAUAUAACUCUGGAGAACAACGAGAACAAGCCGGUUACUAAUAGCAGGGACACACAGGAGGUGAAUCUUGAGCAUGGUGCCAAAAUCAUCAAGAUUUUCAAGGAUCAUUCAAGCAAGACAUGCAUCCUCGACGAUUUCGCCUUCUAUGAGGCUCGCCAGAAGAUUAUUCAAGAGAGAAAAGCCAAGCACCAGCAGUUCAAGAAACAGGCUUUGUCUACGAGUGACAAGGUCGGCCAAGACAAGGAUGAACAAGAGAAAACUAAAGAAACAAUACCCUCACUGAAUCCAGAGUCAGAAGUAACCAGCGAAUCCAAAGGAGAAGACAUUGAGCAAGCCAAAGCAACGGUCCCCGGAAAUGGUGUUGCAUCAAGCGAUGUUGCCAGUGCCUGCUGAUUUUGAUCCGUUGGUGGUAUGAAACUAGAGCUGUUACUCAAGUUUGUGGUUUCAUACCCAAAAUUUGCCCUCUUUUUUGGAAUCAAGUCUCGAGUUAGUAUAGGUCUUCUUCUUCUUCUCCUCCUCCUUGGUUUUCAGGUUUUAAGGUUUAGAUGGGAUGGGAUACAAGAGAGCCCUGUCAUGGUGGUUUUUGAGGCAGCGAAAUGUUGUGAGGGGCACUUGCCCUUGCAGAGGAGAGAGGGUAGUUCUAAGUGUUGUGUCAAGUGUAGUCCUAAGUGUUGCUUCCCUUCCCUUGAGAUUUGUGUUUUUCUUUUUUGUGGUUUAAUAGAAAUUGCAUUUGCUCUAUUCUGGGGUUUAAAAUUA